UUUCCCACGGAGAAAGUUGACUACUCAACCCACAUUUCUCGAUUCCAUGAUUUGAUUCAAUGCUAUCGUUCCUCCCUCUAUAUAUACGCUACAAAAUUCGAAUUGGGUCUUCUCUUAUCUGCCGAUUUUGCAGUUUCUUACUUAUAAUUUGGUCCGCUGUGAGCUUCUGGGUCGUGGGCUACUGUAGAUCAAUCGCAGUGAUUGAUUUUGGUAAUUACUGUACGGUGUAAUAGUUUCGUUGUAUAUUUCUUGGAUUAAAUUAAGAAUCUAGAGGUUCCUUUUCGGAGAUGGAACCUACCUUACAAGCAGGACUUGUUGGUUCAGAGAUUCAUGGCUUCAAAACCAUGAAAGAUCUGGACAUUCCCAACAUGAUGGAGGAAGCAAAGACAAGAUGGCUCCGGCCAAAUGAGAUUCACGCUGUACUUUACAACCACAAGUAUUUCAACAUCAGUGUGAAACCGGUUAAUUUGCCACCAAGUGGCACCAUUGUCCUAUUUGACCGGAAGAUGCUCAGAAAUUUCCGGAAAGAUGGCCACAACUGGAAAAAGAAAAAAGAUGGAAAGACUGUGAAGGAAGCUCAUGAACACUUGAAGGUUGGCAACAAUGAAAGAAUUCAUGUAUAUUAUGCACAUGGCGAGGAUCGGACAACCCUUGUUCGUAGAUGUUAUUGGCUUCUUGAUAAGAAACUGGAACAUAUUGUACUCGUUCAUUAUCGUGACACUCAGGAGUUGCAAGGUUCUCCGGUGACUCCUGUUGAUUCCAAUUCUAGUUCAGACCUACCUACUUCAUCUAAUCAGUCGGAAGAAAUUGAUGGGGUUGAUCAGGUGUACUUUACCGGUGUUUUCUCUGUUUUUGGUGAUUCGACAGAGCCUAAUGAGACCGUAAUAAAUCAUAAGAUGAGAAUUCAUGAGAUCAACACACUUGAAUGGGAUGAGCUUGUGAUUCCAAAUGAUUCCAACAAGCUGCUUACAUCUGAAGGAGGAAAUGCACUCUUUGAUCAUCCUAACCAAUAUGGAUUAAACGGGACAAUAGAUGAUAGUAACUCCUCAUUGGGGCACAAAUUAGCUAUGGAAAAUCCAUUGGCAACAUUUUGUCAUGAAGGUAAUUCCGUUGGCAACAACAUUGACCUUCUGAAGGUGGGAAUGGAGGAUGCCCGAGUUGCAAAUGUUGCCACUGGUGUUUUAGACAUGAUGGGUAAGGAGGGGUUGCCAUCACAAGAUAGUUUCAGAAGAUGGAUGAACUACAUUAUAACAGAUUCUCCUGGAGCAAUAGAUGAUCCACUUCUGACUCCCGAACCCUUGCUAAUCGGUCAAGAAUCGCUCGGAAUUCUAAGUGGUGAUCGCCAUGAAUCUCAUUCCAAUGAACAAAUUUUCAGCAUAACUGAAGUCUCGCCUGCAUGGGCUCUAUCAAGCGAAGAAACAAAGAUCUUAGUGGUCGGAGUUUUCCAAGAAAAGUAUCUGCACCUACUGAACUCAAAUCUAUUUUGUGUCUGUGGGGAUGCUUGUGUUCCGGCAGAAAUCGUCCAAUCCGGAGUAUUUCGUUGCAUGAUUACUCCACAAAGUCCGGGAAUCGUCAAUCUUUUCAUCAGUUCUGAUGGCCACAAACCCAUCAGUCAACUCAUGGCAUUCGAGUUUCAGUUGCCUCCUACGACCAGCUUGAUGGAUUCUUUAGACGAGAAGCCGGAUUGGCAAGAACUACAAAUUAAGAUGAGACUAUCUCAUUUGCUUUUCUCUUCAUCGAAGAGCCUUACUAUCUUAUCUAGUAAAGUACCACAAAAGACCCAAAAAGAAGCAAUAAUGUUCGUCCAGAAAUCGCGUCAUAUUGUUGAUAGUUGGGAUUAUUUGGUAAAUUCAAUUACAGAAAAAAGAAUAUCUUUUCAACGAGCAAAAAAUAGCUUAAUGGAGCUCACGUUGCAGAACAGAUUACUUGAAUGGCUCUUGGAGAAAGUUUUAGAGGGUGGUAAGAUCCCAGAUCGUGAUGACCAAGGUCAAGGAGUAAUACAUUUGUGUGCAAUCCUGGACUAUAAUUGGGCUAUUUACCCGUAUUCAUGGUCUGGCCUGUCGUUGGAUUUUCGUGACAAAUCUGGAUGGACGGCUCUCCAUUGGGCUGCACACUAUGGGAGGCAAAGGAUGGUUGCAUCUCUUCUCUCUGCAGGGGCCAACCCAAAUCUGGUGACUGACCCCACUUCAGAAAACACGAAUGGAUGCACGCCUGCAGAUCUUGCAUCCAAGAGUGGUUAUGAAGGAUUGGCUGCUUAUCUUGCUGAGAAGUCACUUGUGGCACAUUUUGAGGCCAUGACAUUAGCAGGAAAUGUUAGUGGCUCAUUGCAGAGUACGUUCCCGACCAAUGACGAUUUUGCCUUGAACACCCCAUCGGCACAAAUCAACGAGGAUGAGCAAUAUCUGAAGGAUACCCUGGCUGCUUAUCGAACAGCUGCUGAUGCUGCAGCUCGUAUACAGGCUGCAUUUAGGGAGCAGUCUUUUAAACUUCGAACGAAAGAAGUUGAAUCUUCGAGUACAGAAGACGAAGCACGGAGUAUCAUAGCAGCCAUGAGGAUUCAGCAUGCCUUUCGGAACCAUGAAACGAAAAAACAAAUGGCAGCUGCUGCACGUAUACAACAUAGGUUUCGUACUUGGAAGAUAAGAAAAGAUUUCUUGAAUAAGCGUCGUCAAGUCAUCAAAAUUCAAGCGAUUUUCCGAGGUCACCAAGUUCGAAGGCAAUAUACUAAGAUAGUAUGGUCUGUAGGAGUGCUCGAGAAAGCAAUUCUUCGUUGGCGUUUGAAGCGAAGAGGCUUCCGAGGUCUUCAAGUUGAUCCUAACAAUGUUGAGAAAGACGAGAAUCAAGAAAACAAUGGCAUGGAAGGGUUCUUCCGUGCCAGCCGGAAACAAGCUGAAGAGCGCGUAGAGAGAUCUGUUGUUCGGGUGCAAGCCAUGUUCCGAUCAAAAAGAGCUCAAGAAGAAUACCGGAAAAUGAAGCAAGAACACUUACAAGCAUCGCAUGAGUAUGACGGGAGCCUUGACCCCGCAACCGACAUGGAAAAAUAGAAGACGUGUAUGACGACGGCCCAUGGGUGUUCGUGUUUGUGUUUUAACUGUUGCUUUGUAAAUGCGUAGGUACGUUUUUUCAGCCCGUCUAUAUUUUUAUGAGAAAGAUGGCAUGAUGGUUUCAACGGGAAUGGUUCAUCGUUGAAGUUUAGAAAACCAUCCGUGAAACAUUCGGCCUAGAAGUUCGCUUUUAGCCUUCGCAUUUUGUGUACUUUAAUCAUAGAUAUACCGAUAAAAUGUUGGUUUUUAGAUUUGUAAUCCUAUCAACAUCAUCUACAUAACGUGUUAGUUUGACCGGGCUUUUUGGGCCUUGGAUCGGUUUGGGCUUUCACCUAAAAACUGGGCUUUUCGGGCCAUGCUUGGCUUCUA